UUGCGCAUGUUAACAUGAAGACAAAGCAUCACGUAUAGUAGAGGAGCGUAUCGGGUGUGGUGAAGAAACGUUCGUGGGUUUGGGUGGUUGGUAACUCCAGGGUCCUCGCUCCCAAACGCCGAGUAAAUUGGAAACAGCGACCCGACCGCGACCCGACUGCCUCGCACCACCACUAAUCACCAACACCCAUACGCCUGCAUAAAGGCCUUGAACACUCACACCGGUCGCCAAAACAUACGAUUUGGGACAACGACAUAACUAUGUCGUCCUAUCUUAAUAAUCUCCUCACAAAUACAACAUCGCGCUACAACAACCUCCGACGGCAGAUCCUAUCCGACGAAGCAGACGGCGAUACAGAAGACGACUCGCAUCUUUCCAGAGUUCUUCGCGCGUAUUACACGGAGAAAGGAAGACCGUUUCCACAAUGGCUUCCACCGGACCCAAAGGCGCCGCAGCCUGCGCCCGCCCAGUUUGCAUCUUCUCAGUUCGCGUCUUCUAGACAGCAGGCACAGGCACAGCCAGCGGGCAGAGGAGGAGGACUGAGCGAUCUAUGGGACAACCCUGCGCCGCAACAACCACCGCAAGAGCCUCAGUCACUUCGACGAGGAGCAGGAGGACGGGGUGGAGCAGCGCGCCCACUACAAAGUCGGCCCAUGGGCAAUUCGUUGACACCAGAGCCUCAAAUACAAGGGAGGCCACUACCCAGUCAGAGAGCAGGGAGCUAUCAAAGCUCGUUGGGAGGGCGUCCACAGACAGAAGCCUCACCACCACCAAGUGCAGGGGCAGGAUCAGGUACAUCGGCACAGGAAAGGCUCAAGGCCAGGUUAUGGGGACGAUCACAUAGUCCUGCCCCACGUGGCCUGUCUUCAGAGUCCGCCAACUCACAGUCGGCACAGGGUGGACGCCCAUCCUAUCCUGACGAUCGAAGCAACAGCUAUGGAAGCACUGGCAGUGCUGGUGGGAGACAGCAGGGCUCCUUUGGCGGCAUGUCUUCGAAUUCUCCAUGGAGCGGGAACGACGACCCUUACGCGCCACAGAAUGGAGGAUACGGCGGUGGCGCACCUCCACCGCAACGCGGGCCACAAGGUGGACGUAUGGGCCUGCCGAGCGGACCGCGCAUGCGUUGAUCAUGUUCUUAUUGCAUUCAGCACGGCGCAACGGAGUUGUGUCUUGGUCGUUACUGGGUAGGC